CUUUUUUUUCAGGACAUGUUUCUUCCUUGUUGUUGUUCUUCUUCUUGAUGUUAACAGCAAUGAGACGGACAAAAGAAACUCACAAAGGUCUCUGGAUCAUUGUAGUAAUCCUCAACUCAAGUUGGCUGCUGACUUCAGGGACCUUGCUUCCCAAUUCAGGCAGGCUUUGGAAGCGUGAGGCAUCCCAGUAUACUCCAGCAGGGAGCAGUGAUGACCUCAAGGUCUCCCUCUUUCCCUGGCAUAUCCGUAGCCCUUCCAUCACGCUGCGUGACUGGAGCCUCAAGUGGAUGUCUUCAGAUGUCUCGGCGCCGCAAGAGGAGGACAGCAAAGAUGAUGGGGAAGACAGGACGUCCCAACUGUGGGACCCAGUGAGACAAGAAGGCAGCUUUCCUGGGGGCCAAAGAGCGAUGCUGUAUCCCUCCGGCUGGGUUCCAGGAUGGGGUGGGAAGCGGAGCAUUGUGGUCGCCGAUGACACUGCCUUCCGGGAGAAAAGCAAAAUGCUGACUGCAAUGGAAAGGCAGAAGUGGCUCAACUCCUAUAUGCAGAAAUUCUUGGUGGUGAACUCUGAUUGAGAUAGGGCAGUGAACUGGCAAGGGGCAAAAGCAAUGGCAGGUGGGAUGGGAGACAAGUUAACUGUCCAUUACAACCCCUUUAUCCAUUGGAGAUGCAUUUCAGAACUUCCCAUAAAAUCAGGAAACUAUGGAUAACAGCAAGCCCUACUAAACCAAAUGACUUCCAAUGGAAGUUAUCAGGUCCUAGAGGACCUAUAAAAUUUCUAGAGAAGUAUUUCCUCUUGGAAUGUGUUUGGUUCUCCAGGGCGAUAGGUUCAGUAGUAGCAUGCAUGGAGGACCACCUAUCUGCAUAUAUUUGCCAGGUGCAGAUAGGUGGAACCACAGGUAAUGUUUUCAUGGGUACGAGGGCCGUACUGUAUUGCACUACUCACUGAAACCCUUUAAUACAGUGGCUCUCAACCUGGGGUCACCAGAUGUUUUUGACC